UUUAACAACAAUAGCGAAACAGCUUUUUCAAAGAAUUAUAAUUUUGCACAAUCUAAUAUAUAAAUAAGCCCAAAAUUGUAAACAAUGGCUGAUGGUGAAGAUAUAGAAAAUUCGAUGGACAAACAACUUAAUGAAAAUGAUGGUGGAAAGCCGGAGAAAAUGUUUACAUUAAAAAAAUGGAAUGCUGUAGCAAUGUGGAGUUGGGAUGUGGAGUGCGAUACAUGCGCUAUUUGCCGUGUACAAGUGAUGGAUGCUUGCCUACGUUGCCAAGCGGAAAAUAAGCGCGAGGUACUCGGUCGCCAGGAUUGUGUUGUUGUUUGGGGCGAAUGUAAUCACUCAUUCCAUCAUUGCUGCAUGUCGCUGUGGGUUAAGCAAAAUAAUCGCUGUCCACUCUGCCAACAGGAAUGGUCCAUACAACGUAUGGGCAAGUGAACGUCUACUCCGCUGAGCCAAAUAAAUACCCACGAAAAGAGCAAAUAGAAUUUCUAAAUUUUUAAGAACACCAUUGGUAAUUGCUAUAUUGUGAAUGUGCACUAAAUUUGUUUAUUUUUUUCCUCAAUAGAUUUAAGAUUCAAUAUUUGUUUGAGUAUAUAAGCUUAGGAAUAUGGUGAAAAUGUAUAUGAAGAGAAAAACUGCAAUAAAUUGUAUUUGUGUAAAAAA